UGUUGCACUUUCGCAUACUAAAUAUAACCUAUUGUGUAGUUGGUAAACAGUUGUCAGUCGUUAUAAUAUAAACAUACAGUUUCUCUUUUGCAAGUAAAAUAUUUUAUUAAUAUAAAUACAAUAUGGCCCAAGCAUAUGAUAGUUACUACAAUGAUUAUCAUAAAAAUGCUGAAUUAGAACAAAACAUAAAAUACAAGAAAAAAUACCAGAAACUUAAAAGGAUUGUGAAAAAUACUGUAUUUGAAAAUGCAGCACUAUGCGAUCAGGUUGCACAUAUGCAAGAGAAUCUGAUGCUUGUUAAAGAAGAGAGAUUGUUUCUUCUACGCAAAUUAUGCCAGCAAUUGGGAGAAAUAGAGUCUAAUUCUAUGAUGGCACGUUCACAGUCAAAUAAUGUAAAUUCACCGUUAUUUAAUCCAGAUGGUGUUACACCAAAAAAGACAGUAAAAAAAAGAAUUUCUACAGAAGGAUCAGAAUCAAAGAGUAAAACAAAGAGAUAUAACAAAACUGCCAGAAGAGUAGUGCAACUGAUUCCAUUAGAUGUUCAUGGUAGACCAAUAUUUCCCAUAGCUUUGGGAGACCUUACAAUAUAUUCUCUUGGUGAAGUAGUAUCAGACAGAAUUGCGUAUCAUACAGAAGAUCUUAUAUUUCCAGUAGGAUAUUGUAGUACAAGAGUAUAUGCCAAUUUGAGAGACCCGAGAACAAAAAGCUUGUAUACCUGUAAAAUACUAGACGGUGGUCCAAAACCUAGAUUUGAAAUAGUGUCUGAUAAUGACUUGGAUCAGCCACUAGUCGGAUCCAGUCCUGACGAGUGUCACUCAAAAUUGUUGGCAGCAAUUUCUCCGACACUUUGUUCAAUAAUGCCAAAGGGUGCGGAUUUCUUUGGGAUUUCUCAUCCUACAAUACAAAAUUUAAUACAAAGUUCUCCUGGAACACGUAAAUUGGCUAUGUACAAACAACAACGUUUUGAAGUAAGCAAAAUCGAUCGAGCUACGAGUCCAGUAACAGAAGUGGAAACUGAUCCAGGGCUCGGUUUUGCAGCAUUACAUAGGCAUUAUACUUUGAACUCUUACAGAGUAAAGGAAGAACCUUCAGAUCAUGAUUUACUAGCGCUUCAAGAUCUUCUCGCUUGAUUAAUAUUAUAAACCGGAUAUCACAUACAAUUUAUAUUAAAAUUAAAAAUAAAUAAAAUAUCUCACACAUGAAUAAAACAUUCUUAAACUAAAAGUUUUAUUAAUUACUAUAGAUUUAAUUUUUAUUCUGUGACGAAGAUUUUGUGGUUCUUAUGUUAUUGUUUGAACUUAAUUGGACUACAUUUGUCACAAUUGUGAGCAAGGUAUUUUUCAAUAGUUCUAUAAUAUUUAUUUAAGCCAUAGUAUAUAAAAUCAGUAAUUUAUGACAAAUGUAAUAAUCAUUAUUUCCCUAAUUUUAUCAUACAAAUUGAUAUAUUCUUACAUUAUUAGCAAAGUUUAUCAUAUGAUCAUGAUAUUUUUAGUUCAUUUUAAUUUUACAUGAUUUUCGAAUGAAUCAUUCCUCGUAAAUGAUAUGUAUGGCACAAUACAUACUUAAUUAGGAUCAAUAGACUUAACUGAUUAUAAUAUUUCUAUUGGCGCUCUUAUGUAUAAUCUAAAUUUGUUUUAAAUUAAAUAACUUCUGUUAAAUAGAACACUUUUAAAGAUGAAUAUAAAAUAGUCAUGUAUGGCGCACAACAGCAGUGUAUUGUUUAGAUUUAUAUUUUAAUAUUUGGAGUUAUAUUUCAGCUAUUCUAUUGUAUAUCAAGAUUAUAUCAUAACUAGAUUGGGUAUUUUAGCUGCCACAAAUGACAUAUUGAUAUUAUAGCAUAUGUUUAUAAUACACGUUUAUAGCACAGCGCCGAAUGGAGAUCACAAAUCGAUAUUGAAAAAUGACUAGCUACAGCGUAAAAAGCUUAAAAUAUGAAUUCUCAUAAAAAUUGAGAAAUACAUAAUUUGUAUAUCGGCGAUAUCAUUGAAUGAAGUACAUCACACAUAUGAAUAACUAUACGUGCAUUAUUACAUAUGCGUAAAUAAAUAUUUGUACUGAUUGGCCCUACAUACCAAUUCAAAUAUAGCCAAGUAUUGUUUUCAUAUUUCAAAA